GCAUGAAUUCUGCAGGAAAAUCCCCUGCUUAUUUUUCUCUGAGUUAAAAACAAACUUUGCCAGUUUUCACCAACUUCAGCAGAAGUGUGUGACAUUAAAUGUAAAUGUAAAACAAACUUUGCCAGUUUUGACCAACUUCAUCAGGAGUGUGUGUCUGAGUUGAUUACUGAGUAAAGGUGCUGCCAAAAAGGAUUGAAGUCAUGAGCCAUUCCACGACAAAGUCAAAGUGUCCAGCUUGUCAUCAGGAAGUUGUCAAGAAAUCGGAUGGACAGUGUGUUGCGUGCCAAUUGUGUUCUAAAGUGAAACGUCGCGUCUUUCGCUUCUGCUGGGAUUGCCAGAGAGAGUGGCCGAAGACAACUUCAACAUACAGCGCCUGCAAUCAGCCAAACUGUGCUCUCCGGGCUGCUCUGCUCUCUGACAUACGGAUCAGUGAUCCCAACAGUUCAGCACAGGGAUGCCCCUAUUUCAGGGCCUGUCCAAAUUGCAAUGCCCUGCUCACACAUGACGGAGAAGGCUGCCCCGAAAUUGAGUGCCCUAAGUGUUCCACAGAAUUCUGCUUUUGUUGUCUUCGCCCAACGUGCAUUGAUUUUGAGUCGAUUGGACACGAUUUCCACGAUGAUGAAGAAUGUACUAUAGUGGAUAACAGUCAGAGUCUAAUGGCACUUCGUUAGUAGAAUCAGUCUGUAGGAGAUAAAAUCAAAAUGUCUACCAUACACAUAAGUAAAAUUUCACAAAUGAUCUACAGACACAUAUAAGCUUUACAUAUACUGUAAGUUGUUAGAAUUCUGCAGGUGGGUCAGACUUCUGGAUGAAGGUUGGGAACCUUUACAACACAGCUUAGGUCAUACUGUGCUUCUAUUUGAUCUCAAAAUGAUUUCACUGUCUUUCUUUGUGCAAACAAAAAAUGUUUGGAAUAAUUCUGUAAAAUGAAUGUAAAUGUAAUCUAUACAUUAAAGAGAAUUUAUAGUUUUAAA